AUGAAAUUGCCUUUACUGUUUUUAAGAAGACAUAUCUUCGAAAAUGAAUUCUAACGUCAUGGAGAGCAUUAACGUUCCUCCUUGGCCCAUAACGGCAGCUGUCUUAACUUUGGUGACGGCUGUAGUAUAUCACUAUUUCACAAAAGAUAAAAAAGUACCUCCAGGACCAAUUGGAAUACCGUAUUUCGGGUAUUUCCCGUUCUUGGAAAAGGAAAGUCUGCAUACUCAUUUGGAAAAAAUCGGGGAGAAGUAUGGAGACUUCUAUAGUUUUACCUGUUGUGGACAACUCUACAUACAUCUAGGAUCUCACAAGGCAGUUAGAGAAGUCUUGGUGUCAAAGAGUGACUGUUUCGAAGUGAAACCUGACUUCAUGGAAACUGUGUUUAAAGAUGGACUAAUUCUAGAUAAUGGAGAAUCCUGGAAAGUCCUCCGAAAAUAUUUUAAUCAAUACCUGAAGGACAGCGGCUUUUCGACCAUUAAAGAGGAGAAGGCGGGGCCUUUCUAUGACUCCACCCUCGCCAUCAUCUCGGACCUGACGAAUUCAAAAGGCAAGUCCGUAAACAUCACAGAAUUCGUAAUGGAGAAAAGCAUCUACAUCAUCCGUAAGAUUCUUCUUGAUGAAUCUUGCAUGACGGAUGACGAACUUCACUCAUUUGUUGCGGAUUAUACAGAAAUGACGGCAGGGUUAAUUGACAUGCGAUACUUUCUUUGCUCCAAUUUAGUCAGGACUCUUUUUCAUCCACGGAAUCAUGUAUUUAAAGUGGCACAGAAAUACCAUGACAAAAUAGAAAACUUGUUAUUGAAAGUCAUGCAGCGCAGCGAAUCGACACUAGAUGAAAAUCAUAUACGAGACAUAUUUGAUGCAUAUAUAAUGGAGCGACUUUCCAGGAAAAGAAAAAAUGAUUCGACAGCGGAACACUUUUCUGACAAGCGAUUCACGUCCUCUGUGAUCCAAAUAAUUGGAGACGGCAUAACUUCUGUGGCACUGUUCACGUGUAACUUCAUCAAAGCCCUCCUUGACCACCCGGAAGAGCAGGAAAAAAUCUAUCAGGAAGUCAUCAGCAUUGUUGGCACAAAUCGACAGCCAGCGAUUGCGGACAGAAGCAAGCUACCAUACACAAAUUCAUUCAUGUACGAAGUGAUGAGGACAACACAAUUCUUUCCUCUAAUUCCAAGUUUACAAUGCACGAAGCAAACAACUAUUAGAGGCUACCGAAUACCAAAGGAUGCUAUAACUGUCUUCAAUUUUUGGGCAAUAAACCACAACCCCCAGACAUAUGAAAAUCCUUAUGAGUUUAAGCCUUCAAGAUUCGUUACAGAUCCUGGAAAGCCAAAACAAGAAUUGCCCAUAAUUUUUGGAACAGGCAAGCGAUCGUGUAUCGGAGAGUACUUCACGAUGAUGCAGUCAUUCCUCUUCCUCACCACAAUCGUCAAAAAUUUCAAGCUCUCUUAUCCCGACGAUGCAAGGAGGAAAGAUCCCGUCAGUUUCAUCGAAGGAAAUAUAUACGCAAUAGCAGAACCUAGACAAGACUAGAAAAUUUCAUGCAAUCAUCGAAUCAGUGAAAGCCCUUGAAAAGACCUUCAAAAACUGGAAAAAGCGGUCGCUGAAGCUUGUUUUCCAAUUUGAAUCAGAUUUUCAAUCUGUUAAGACUCACGUUAGAAGGACCUAGAAGUUCACAUAGCAUAUUUGAGGCAGUGAGAAGCAAAGGGAUGUAAGUGGGCAUUUUCAAGUUUUAAGUAAAACGAAUAAGAUAAGGUCCUAGAUAGGCUUUCAUUGAAAUUUUUUUCUAAAUCAUGCUGUAUAACAGCACCUACCAGGACUACUCGUACUACAUCUUGCCCUAAAACAGAGGAGAGGGUUACCUACCAUUUGUACUGGUUACCUCUAAGUUCUUAAUUUUGCCAUUUACAUCCCUUUGCUUCUCAUUGCCUCAUUUGAAGAUAUUAUACUCACUGCCAAAAGUUAAGCACGAAAAAAAAAUGUUAUUUUCUGGAAGUCAAUCUGAG